CGGCUCCCCUCGGGGGCUCCGCCUGGGCGCCGGCGCCGGCUCGGGCCCUGAGCCAAGAUGAUGUGCGAGGUGAUGCCAACCAUCAGUGAGGCCGAAAUUCCCCCAGGAGGAGGUGGGAGCCAUGGUUCUGGUUCCCCUUUACAGCCAGAUGCUGAUUCACAUUUUGAACAAUUAAUGGUCUCCAUGUUGGAAGAAAGAGAUCGUCUUCUAGACACGCUCAGAGAGACUCAAGAAACGCUUGCCUUGACGCAGGGGAAGUUGCAUGAGGUUGGCCACGAAAGAGAUUCCUUGCAGAGACAGCUCAAUACUGCACUCCCACAGGAGUUUGCCGCCCUGACAAAGGAACUCAAUGUCUGCAGGGAACAGCUUCUUGAAAGAGAAGAAGAAAUUGCUGAGCUGAAAGCGGAGAGAAACAAUACCCGGCUGUUACUGGAGCAUUUGGAGUGCCUCGUCUCUAGGCACGAGCGAUCUCUGAGGAUGACGGUUGUGAAGAGACAAGCGCAGUCUCCUGCAGGAGUGUCCAGUGAGGUGGAAGUACUCAAGGCGCUAAAGUCGCUGUUUGAGCACCACAAAGCCCUGGAUGAAAAGGUGAGAGAACGGUUACGAGUAGCACUGGAAAGGUGUAGUUUACUGGAGGAAGAGCUGGGUGCCACCCACAAAGAGUUGAUGCUUCUGAAGGAGCAGAACAAUCAGAAAAAACCACUAGCAGACGGGAUGCUGGAUGUAAAUCAUGAACAGGAAAACACACCAAGCACCAACGGAAAGAGAUCUUCUGAUGGGUCUUUGAGUCAUGAAGAAGACCUAACGAAAGUGUUGGAGCUCCAAGAAAUUAUAGACAAACAGUCACAAGAACAAAGCCAGAUGAAGGAGCGACUGGCGGCUCUCUCCGGCCGGGUGACCGAGCUGGAGGAGGACCUGGACACAGCCCGCAAAGAUCUCAUCAAGUCUGAAGAGGUGAACACCAAGCUGCAGCGAGAUGCCCGAGAGGCCAUGGCCCAGAAGGAGGAUAUGGAAGAGAGAAUCACAACUCUUGAAAAACGCUACCUCGCCGCCCAGCGGGAAGCUACCUCGGUGCAUGACCUCAAUGAUAAACUUGAAAAUGAAAUCGCUAAUAAGGACUCUCUACAUCGACAGAGUGAAGACAAAAACCGCCAGUUACAAGAGCGCUUGGAAUUGGCCGAGCAGAAGCUGCAGCAGACUUUGAGGAAAGCAGAGACCCUGCCUGAGGUGGAGGCUGAGCUGGCCCAGAGGGUGGCGGCCCUCUCCAAGUCUGACCCUUUGUCUUCUGGAAACUCUGCUGCUAAGGAGGCUAAACUGUUCGAACUUACUUCCAAGCUUAGGAAGGCUGAAGAGAGACACGGCAACAUUGAAGAGAGAUUACGGCAGAUGGAGGCCCAGUUGGAAGAAAAGAAUCAAGAAUUACAGAGGGCGAGGCAGAGAGAGAAGAUGAAUGAAGAGCACAGUAAGCGCCUGUCGGACACCGUGGACAGGCUCCUCUCCGAGUCCAACGAGAGGCUCCAGCUUCACCUGAAGGAGCGGAUGGCGGCUCUGGAGGAUAAGAAUUCUCUGCUUCGAGAGGUUGAAAAUGCCAAAAAGCAAGUAGAAGAAACACAACAUGACAAGGACCAGCUGGUGCUCAACAUGGAAGCCUUGAGGGCUGAAAUAGACCAGAUGAGGAUGCGUGGUGGCGGCUCGCUGCAUCAUGGCCGGCCACACCUGGGCAGCGUACCCGAUUUCCGGUAUCCCGUGGCAGAGAGUCCCACAGAUCCUCACAGCACCACAUCAGUAUUGCGACGGGCCCAGAAGGGCCGUCUGGCGGCUCUCCGGGACGAGCCUUCCAAGGUACAGACGCUGAAUGAACAGGAUUGGGAACGGGCCCAACAGGCGAGUGUCUUAGCGAACGUAGCGCAAGCGUUUGAGAGCGACGUCGAUGUGUCUGACGGUGAGGAUGACAGAGAUACUAUUUUCAGCUCCGUGGAUCUCCUGUCGCCCAGCGGGCAGGCCGAUGCCCAGACGUUAGCCAUGAUGCUUCAGGAGCAGCUGGAUGCCAUCAACAAAGAGAUCAGACUGAUCCAAGAAGAGAAAGAAAACACAGAGCAGCGGGCAGAGGAAAUUGAGAGCCGUGUGGGUAGCGGGAGUCUGGACAACCUUGGGCGGUUCCGGUCCCUGAGCUCCCUUCCCCCACAUCCGGGCUCCUGCCUCUCGGGGUCCUCUCCUCCAGGGAGUGGCCGCUCCACCCCACGGCGACUCCCCCACAGCCCUGCCCGGGAGGUGGACAGGCUGGGGAUCAUGACUCUGCCAUCUCCAGAUUCAUUUUUAAUCCAGACCUCAGUUCCCCAUCAGUCUGUAACUUAUUCAUCUACCUCCCCUCCCAGUUCCACCCCAUCCUAUAAUGAGGCUUCACAGCACUCUCAGUUGCCAGCUUCGAGAGAAGAGGUACGAGAUGACAAGACAACCAUAAGAUGUGAAACAUCCCCCCCUUCUUCCCCAAGGUCCCUUCGUUUAGACAGAGUCCACAAAGGGGCUUUGCACACCGUGAGCCAUGAAGACAUCAGGGACAUUAGGAAUUCCACAGGUUCACAGGAUGGUCAAGUCAGCAACCCUAGCAGCAGUAACAGCAGCCAAGAUUCCCUUCAUAAAGCACCCAAAAAGAAGGGAAUCAAGUCCUCUAUUGGCCGCUUGUUUGGGAAGAAAGAAAAGGGCCGACCUGGACACACUGGCAAAGAGUCCCUGGGGCAAGCUGGUGUGACAGACCUGGAGAGCUCCUCUCAAGAUGCCUUAGGAAUUAACAAAUUGGGAGGCCAGGCCGAAAAGAACCGAAAACUACAGAAAAAGCAUGAACUUCUGGAGGAAGCGAGAAGACAGGGCCUGCCUUUUGCCCAGUGGGAUGGGCCAACUGUGGUUGUGUGGCUCGAGCUGUGGGUUGGGAUGCCUGCGUGGUACGUAGCUGCUUGCCGAGCCAAUGUGAAAAGUGGGGCCAUCAUGUCUGCCCUGUCUGAUACUGAAAUACAGCGUGAGAUUGGAAUCAGCAAUCCUCUGCACAGGCUAAAGCUGAGGCUGGCCAUUCAGGAAAUCAUGUCCUUGACGAGUCCAUCUGCCCCACCCACAUCCAGAACGACGUUGGCCUAUGGCGACAUGAAUCACGAGUGGAUUGGCAAUGAGUGGCUGCCCAGCCUGGGGCUUCCUCAGUAUCGCAGUUACUUCAUGGAGUGUCUUGUGGACGCUCGGAUGCUUGACCAUCUAACCAAGAAAGACCUGCGGGGACAGCUCAAGAUGGUGGACAGUUUUCACAGAAACAGCUUCCAGUGUGGAAUCAUGUGUCUGCGAAGACUGAAUUACGAUAGGAAGGAACUAGAAAGGAGAAGAGAAGAAAGUCAGAAUGAAAUCAAAGAGGUGCUUGUUUGGAGCAACGAUCGGGUGAUUCGCUGGAUUUUAUCCAUCGGCCUCAAAGAGUAUGCAAACAACCUGGUGGAAAGCGGCGUCCACGGCGCGCUGGUGGCCUUAGACGAGACCUUUGACUUCAACGCUCUGGCCCUCCUGCUGCAGAUCCCCACUCAGAACACACAGGCUCGCGCUGUCUUGGAAAGAGAGUUCAAUAACCUUCUAGUUAUGGGCACUGACAGAAGGUUUGAGGAAGAUGAUGAUAAAAGCUUUCGCAGAGCCCCUUCAUGGAGAAAAAAAUUUAGACCCAAGGACAUUCGAGGAUUAGCUGCUGGAUCGGCAGAGACCCUCCCUGCAAAUUUCAGGGUCACCUCGUCUAUGUCUUCACCCUCUAUGCAGCCAAAGAAAAUGCAGAUGGAUGGCAGUGUGUCAGGAAGCCAGAGGUUGGAUUCUGCGACCGUAAGGACUUAUUCCUGUUAAAGCCUUCUUUUGUUUACCCACACUACUUCUACAGAUGAUUAUGCAUCGUUCUGAGCUCAGCCAAGACCACAUUUUAGAAUUGAGUGGAUCUUUAAUCUGUUAAUACUUGUUAUAUGGACAAUGAGAUAUUUUAUUACAGAGUUUUUAAUUAGUAAAAAAAUUCAUGAAUACCAUAGAGAAAAUAUUUUAGAAUUAAAUGUUUCUUAUAUUUAUGUAAACUUAUGUGACUUCAUUUAUACAGUUACUUACUUUUUCAUGUGUAUCCAGAUUAUAAAUAUCUUUUCCAAUCAAUUCAUGAGGUUCUUAUACUUAAUUUGUUAGUCAACUGAAUGUACUGUAAUACUUGUAAGUAUAAAUCCUAUGAGCAAAUAGGGCUUUUUGUAAAUUGUGCAGUUAUUGUAAUGAUCAUUGUUUAAUUUUUUAAAAUAAACCUGACAGAAAUUUGUAAAAAGUGCCCUAUUACCAAGGAGUUAGGUAGGCAUCAUCAAUGCAUUUUUAACGAAUGCUUCAAAAAGCAAGCAGCCGCAACCGUUUUGAAACAAUCAGACUUUUCAUUGCGAGCAGUUAUGGUGUGUGAUUUAAUUACUGAUCACAGCUGAUCUUUUUCUGAAAAGAAAUUUUUCAUUCUGUAGCAUGGACUGAUUUUAAAUUUUGUAUUUUAAACAUCAUCUUCUGUACUAAAAUUUGAACUGAGAAACAUUAGAACACUGUGGAGUUGUUCUAGAAAAACCUGGCUCAGGAUGCCCUGGGCGCUGAGUCUCUCCUCCUUGGAUAACUUGUCUUCAGUGAUUGCUAUAAGCCAUGAACAGAGAAGAAUUCUCUCAGCCAGGAAGGACAGACCUGGGGAGCGCCCCUGCCCCCAGCCCGCAAAGAAGUGCUUUCCUCCCAACGCCAUUGGUUGAGAGGCUCUGAUGCAAUUUCUUCGAGGACCAAUCACAGCGUGCUGCAGUCUCAAGGCCGGCCCCUGCCAAGGGACGCAGCGCCACCUUCAAUCCAGGCCUUACUGUGCUCGUCAGUCGUCUUUCAGCAUUUGUUGGUCAAUUUGUUUAACGUCUGCGUCUGGACACGUUUUUGAGAUUUUAAUGGUAUAGCCAUUACAUUUCAAACUGUAGAGAAUGUACCUUUUACUUUUAAAAAUGGCACAUUAAAAAGCCAACGAGAAA